UAAGAAGUUGAAUCUGAGACUUUUAGCCAUGUUUUCCAGAUUCUCCCUGUUCGCCGUGGUUCUCGCUUUUGGCCUGGUUUCUGGCCUCAGCCUUAGCGUCGUGCUAAAGCCUUCCAAGCUGAAGCUGCCGACAAAUAAGAAGAUCCUUGGUCUUCAGCAGCAGACGGAAGAGCUGGCUGCUCGGGCACCUGGCAAUUCGGCACCCUGUUUCGACUACUACAUACCCAUUAUCAACGGACUGUCGGACCAGUACCAGCUGGACUACAACAAGUGCGCGAAGGACUACGACACCGCCAGCGAACUGGUCCUCGCCGCCUGGAACAGCACACUCUUCGGCAUCCAGGCUUCCGGGGAUAGUGGCUGCAACACCUUCUUCGACUGCUCCUCCAUCGUGGACUCCGUGCUCGCCUUCGAGUGUUUCGCCAACGUCGGAGCUGAGCAAUCCAAAAUCAUGUACCAAGUCUCGGCGAACGCCACCGAAGCCGCCGUCCAGAUCAAGAUCCAUUUGCAGACUUUGGACAGCCAGUUGGAAACCUGCUUGAACUAUUCCGAAAGGGAUUUCGUGGAGGGCACCGCGCACUACUACGAGGAACUCAACAAAUGCCUUGCUGGAGCUCCAGUUCCGCAGGAAACCACUACAAAUUGGUAUUAUACCACCGCCUAAAACCUGAUAAGGUUUAUUCUAAAAACUAAACAAAAAAAUAUGAGUAUGCCCAAAUAAAAUGUGCUUUCUUGCUUUACAAACACACAAAAGUGA